GGCACUCUGCCUCCACACGCUACAGCCACCAAACGCGUUUUGUUAUGCGGGCCGUCACUGAAGUUGAGAUCAGAACCGUCGGUACGGCAGCGUAACCGAUGACACUUCUGAGCGAUAUUAUGGAGAAACAAGCCAAAUUACUAUCAUCGAAGCUUUUGCUGAAGCGCAGACAGGUGGAAGUUCUUCUUAAUCGCAGUGUUUUGGCGUGGAAGGACGCUGAGAAGAGCAGCAAAGGAAGAUCUGAUAUCAGCAACAUUUCUGAAACAGCUCACAGCCAUGCCGUUCUGGUGUGUGAAAUAGUGGCUGUCCGCAAGACGGAAGAAGGCGACCAAGACGACACAGAGACCAGGAGGAGUCAGAAAAAAACAAAGCAGCACUCUGAGCAGUAUCCACAUGCAUUUACAGUUUCCUAUGUGAGGAGGACAAGGCAGCACCAGUGGCGGUGUAGCAAUGUCACCUUCCACUGCGCCAAUCAGGGACUUUGUGAGCAGUGGAUCCAAGUUAUCAAUGAGCAGCUAUCAUUUCUCCCCAACCGGCCGAAGAGCCUCCUGGUGUACAUCAAUCCCUACGGAGGGAAGCGGCUCGGGAAGCGUAUUUACGAGCAGAAGGUGGCUCCACUGUUUCGCCGCGCCUGCAUCUUGGCCGACGUGAUUGUUACAGAGCGUGCUAAUCAUGCCAGAGACCACUUGAAAACAGAGGCCAAUCUAGAUAAAUAUGAUGGGGUGGUUUGUGUGGGUGGAGAUGGAAUGUUCAGUGAGAUCCUGCACGGGUUAGUCACCAGGACCCAAACGGACCAAGGGGUGGACCAGAACCAAUCAGAUGCUGACUUGGUGCCGUGCUCUCUACGCAUAGGGAUCAUCCCAGCAGGGUCCACUGACUGUAUCUGCUUUGCCACAGUGGGAACCAACGAUCCAGUUACUUCUGCUUUACACAUCAUUGUGGGUGAUUCCCAGCCCAUGGAUGUGUGUUCAGUUCAUCACAACAACAACUUCCUCAGAUACUCUGUCUCAUUGCUUGGCUACGGUUUCUAUGGGGAUGUCCUGACAGAGAGCGAGAGGAAGAGAUGGCUGGGCCCCGCUAGAUAUGACCUGUCAGGAGUUAAAACCUUUCUGAGUCACCACUACUAUGAAGGCACCAUCUCAUUCCUCCCUGCUGAGGACAACAUGGGAAACCCCAGGGACAAGCUGCAGUGUCGAUCCGGGUGCCGCGUCUGUCAGCACAAGCCCUCAUCAAAGGACACGCACUGCAAGAUGUCAGAAGGGAAGGAAAAGUCUGAUAAAGAUGGUAGCAGGAGUUGGAGUGAGAUCCGUGGAAAGUUCAUCGCCAUCAAUGCUGCCAGUAUGAGCUGUGCAUGUCCCCGUAGUCCCAAAGGCCUGUCGCCCUCCGCCCACCUCGCUGACGGCACCACAGACCUCAUCCUGGUCAGGAAGUGUUCCCGACUGGACUUCCUCAGACACCUUCUUCGACACACCAACAAAGAGGACCAGUUUGACCACUCAUUUGUGGAAGUCCACCGAGUGCAGAAGUUCCGUUUCCAGCCGCGGCACUAUGAGCUGGUUUCCCUGGAGGACCUGAGCGAGCCUCAAAAGAAGACAAGCUUCAGUCCCAUAUGCUCCACCGCCACAACCUGCAACUACACCUCUGCCCACAGCAGCUGGAACUGCGACGGGGAGAUCCUGCCUCACACUGCCAUCCAAGUCAGUGUCCAGUGCCAGUUGAUCCGGCUGUUUGCCCGUGGUAUCGAGGAGCAGCAGCAGUGUGUGUCUGAAGACUCUUGUACACUGUGGGCCCUGGAGCCAGGCAUGCGCUAGUCAGUGGAUUGAGAGCUGGACGGGACGUUUAGCUGCUAGAAGACAAAAAACUGAGUUGCACUUGGCAAUAUUUUCCUAAAGAAAUUCAGUUUAAAUCCCAAAUGCUGGCGUCUCAUCCAUCCUUAGUGUGUUCACCUAAAUGAAACAUGUGGGAAGUCUUCACACACAAGAAGUGAUGGAAUGAAACUCACAGAUGUGGUCCAACAAGAAGAUAAAAAAACUGCCAUUACCAGCCUUUAAAAAGGAAAAAAUGGAGUUCCAAAUAGAUCAUCACAUGAUUUCUGCCUCCUGAAGACAGUAAAAUUCAAUCUCCUUGCUGCCAUUUGGGGCAAAAUUGCCUCAUACAGCUUCAAUAAACUGAAAUAUGAUAUGCUACAGCUGCUAGUUUUAGUGCUGCCACAUUCAAACACAACUUUCCACUUUUUCUUUUUAUCUGUACUUUUUUUGAAAAAUGAAGAUGUUGAAGCUCAGAGGAUCUCAAGAAGCCUGGGUGUUCCACACAGUCAGAUGAAACAGGACUGAACUGGACUGAGCUGGACUCAGCCACGACAGUCAGUAAAAGGUUUUUACUGUACACAGCCAUGAAGGAGAACAAAGCCAAGGAGAUACAGCUUUGUUAGAAGGAUGAAGAAAAAUGCUUGUCAAGUACACUGAUUUAAACUUAAAAUGCAACAACAACAACAACAAUAAACUCACAUGCACCUCAUCUUUCCUUUAGGGGAAGAAAUAGGGGGGCAAAAAAACAUUUCAUCUGUGACCCAGGUGAAAGACGAUAUGAGCCAGGGACACUAAUCAAAAGAGCUGAAUAGCCUGCUAAUACACUAACAGGACCCUGGUGGCUUCUGGGUAAUAAGGCAAAGUGAUUACUAAGUGAUUUGGUGUGUCUCAGCACUGCUGCGCCGCACCUGUGGCUCUGAGCUCUGCUCCUUUCUGGCUAAAAAACAGUUCAAUAACAGUUCACCUGGGAUUAGUCUGAAUUGUACAUUAUUAAUGUUAUUAAAGAUAAUCUGUUGUGCAGCUCUGAAAUUAUCCAGGUUUAGCUCCUUUUAGUAGCAGGUCAAGCUGGUCUUGAUGUGUCUGGAGUAAAGGUCAAAGAAGCAGUUUUGUUUUUCGGUGUAAAUUUUGCUGAAGGAUCUAUUUUUGCUACUCCUGCAUUGAUAAAACUGCAUUAAACAGCGUAUCAUAUGUUAGGAUAAGUUGUGUGUGUGUGUGUGUGUGUGAAGGGUUAAGUGUCUCUCACAAUUCCUUUAGUUGUUGGAGUGUUUGUGAAGGUGACAAUGUGAUGAGUUAGCUCUGUCACAGUUAGCCUCACAACUGCCAUUUUGCAGAAGCUCUCUCACUGCAGCCAACACAGCGCUAACACAAGCACCUAUAGACGAGCACAUACACACACUCACCCUUUCUAUCUUUCUAUAAUGGAUGUUUCUGAUGUUCAGUCUCGUUCUGUCUCACACUCACUCAUACACACACACACACACACAAACACACACACACCUUAACUUUUAACACCAUAAAAGCAUCCUCUCCUCUUUGAAUCCUCUCCAACUCUGUUAAUACCGAGCCUGGAUGUCUAUAAUGUUUCACCUUCAGCGCUCACUUUUGUCAACUCAUGAUGUUCUUUCAAAGAGUCGGAUGCUUUUAAACUCUCACUCUGUCACACACAUGCACACACACACACACACACACACACACACACACACACACACACACACACACACACACACUCCAAUGUACAUGCAGUUACAUGCAGAAACUGUGCUGUGAUUGUUUCCAGCUAUGAGCAAACAGAUUUGAAAAGCUAAAGAAUUUAGUGAUUUAUGACUGACAUUGCAAAUAUUUAUUUUUUAAUUCAGUCAUGCUGUGUUCUCCAUAUUUCAGGAAAUGCAGAAAUAAGCUGUGAUGUGAGUAGAUAUGUGAUUCAUAUGAU